UCAUAGCUUAAGCGUUGUUUGCAUGUACUAGCUAAUUAGAGUGAUGGUUCUAGUUAGCACUGUGAGUGUUGGUAUGAGUUUUUCUGCAACUCGUUUUAUGGUGAAACCAGCUGCAUCUUUUACACUUCUUAAGCCACCAUCCACAAAGGCCAUCCAUAAUACUAGUAUCCGCAGCACUAGUAAUGAUGCUGCAUUGGUGAGUAGAGGUGAUGCAUGUGUCGAUGGCAAAUCAAUUGUUCGUCGAUCGGGGAAUUAUCCUCCUCCCAUCUGGGAUGAUGAUUUUGUGCAAUCUCUUGCAAGUGAUUUCAAGGGAGAAAUAUUCAAUAAAUAUGCAGGGGAUUUGAAGGAACGUGUGAGGAUGCUGCUCAACAAAGAAGAUACAGACAGCCUCAAGAAGCUUGAGUUAGUUGAUUCAGUUCAGAGGCUUGGGGUGGGUUAUCACUUCAAGAAUGAAAUUAAUAGAAUUCUGGAAGCCGUGUACAGUACUGAGAAGUGGGACGGCCAAGAUAAUUUGCAUGCCACAUCUCUCAAAUUCCGACUCUUGAGGCAACAUUAUUUUAAAGUUCCUCAAGAGGCUUUCAAUGGAUUUUUGAACGAAUCAGGUAAGUUCAAGAUCAGUCUCACCAGUGACAUGAAGGGUAUGCUAUACUUGUACGAGGCCUCAUACCACUCAAAAACGAAUGAGAAGAUACUGGACGAGGCACAACAUUUCACAACCAAACAUAUGAGAGAUUAUGUAAAUAAUAACAACAGUAAAGACGAGAAACUUAGUAAACUUGUUAGCCGUGCCUUGGAACUUCCACUGCAUUGGACGGAGACAAGGCACGAAGCAAGGUGGUACAUUGACUACUUUGAGACAUCAGUACUAGCAGAAGAUACAAAUUAUUCUGAUUUGCUCCGUUUUGCAAAAUUGGACUAUAACAUGCUCCAGGCGAUUUAUCAAGAUGAACUCAAAGAGUCGUCAAGAUGGUGGAAAAGCAUACAAUGGGCAGAGAAAUUAAGCUUUGCGCGGGCAAGGUUAGUAGAGUGUUUCUACUGGAGCCUGGGUUCCAACUUUGAGCCUGAGUUUCAAUAUGCGAGGAGCGUGCUCACUCCUGUUAAUGCCUUCAUAACUACUAUUGACGAUAUCUAUGAUGUGUAUGGUACUUUGGAGGAACUUGAACUGUUGACAAAAUUAACAAAAAGGUUGAUUGCAUGUAUUAUAUAUACUGAAAACUUAUUACAAUUAUUUGUAAUGAUUUAUUGUUGGGACACUGAUACAUAUACUGUCUGCGGUUACUUGAUUAGUUGGGAUGCGGCAGAGCUGGACCAACUCCCAGAUUUUAUGAAGAUCUGUUUUACGGAUCUGUAUAAUAAGAUCAAUGAAGUAGCUAAUGUUUUCCAACGUGAACAUGGUGUCUUCAUCCUUCCUUACUUUCAAAAAGUGUGGACUGAUCUUUUUGAAGCUUAUUUGGUGGAGGCCAAGUGGUACCACAGCGGAUAUAAACCAAGUCUCAGUGAAUACCUCGACAGAGCAUGGCUCUCAAUAUCAGGUGCCGUGCUGUUAACUCAUCUGUACUUCGUGAAACCAAAUUCGGUGAAGCACGAAGACUUACAAUGCUUAAUGGCUUGUCCAAACAUACUUCGUCAUUCAGCAACUAUUUUGAGGCUUGCAGAUGAUAUGGCAACUUCAUCGCAUGAAAUGGAGAGGGGGGACAAUCCAAAAUCGAUUCAAUGCUACAUGAAUGACAAGGGUGUUUCGGAAGACGAAGCCAGAGAACACAUUAAGUACUUGAUAACUGAGACAUGGAAGAAGUUAAAUGAAGAGUCUGCAGAGUCUCCUAUGUCCAAGCCUUUUAUUGAAAAUUGCUUAAAUCUUGCAAAGAUAGCCUCAUGUGUUUAUUUAUAUGGAGAUGGACAUGGUGCCCCAGGUUCUCGUGACAAAGAUCGUCUGUUGUUUCUAUUUGUUCACCCCAUUCCUCUUGAUUUAUGACAAGCAAUCCUCAGUUCACAUUGACAAAAUAAGAUAAGCUCAAAACUGCCCCCAAAGCAUUUUAGUCAUUAGCUCUUAUGAAUAAGAGCUUUAGAGUGCCGUAGUGAGUAUGAUUCAUCUUUACUGUAAGAUCAAUCUUUGCAUAAGUUUUACGCAGGAUACUUGGGUGAAAAUGUUUGUAUAAGUUUGAGGCAGGAGACUUGGCUGAAAAAUGUUCUGUGUGUAAUAAAACUUAGGAGGAAGUUUCUUA